UGUACAAUAAAACAUUACAUAUUUUUUUGAUACAAAUGAAUACACUUAUACAGAUUUUUGAUCUUAACCUGCCUUUAGAUAAAAAUAUACCUCACGAAAUAAAAAUACCGUUGUACCGUUAUUUUGUGUUGUGUCAUCAUACCUACGUGUUGUGUUGUGAGUCUCGUUCAGUUGAUUUGGUCGAGUGAAGGAUAUACAACCGAUAUUAUUAAUAAUAUAUUUAAUUACCUACUUAGAUAAAUUGUAGGUAUUUAGUAAAGUUCGUGAUUUCUUCCAGGGUUCAGACUAAGUGAAAUAAGUAGCAACAAUAAAAAUGCCAUUUUUCAGUGGUCGUUGUUACAGCGCAGUUAAAUUAGCUGGCAAAACAGCCGUAAUAACUGGCUGUAAUACUGGCAUUGGCAAAGAAACUGUUUUGGAUUUUUAUAAAAGAGGAGCUAAAAUAAUAAUGGCUUGUCGCAGUUUGGAAAGAGCAGAAGAAGCAAAAAAAGACAUCGAGGAAAAAUGCAAAAACUGGCCAGACAAAGGGCAAUUAGUGGUAGUAAAAUGUGAUCUUAUGUCGUUAAACUCUGUACGAGAAUGCGCUAAAACUAUUUUGGAUACAGAAACACAGAUAAAUAUUCUGGUGAAUAAUGCCGGAGUUAUGAUGUGCCCGCAAGGAAAGACAGAAGACGGCUUCGACAUUCAAUUUGGAACUAAUCAUUUGGGACAUUUCCUGUUUACGUUGCUACUUUUGCCGCGAAUCAUUAAAAGCAAACCUGCUCGGAUCGUCACUGUUUCAUCGAGAGCCCACAGUAGACGGGGAUUGAAUUUAGAUGAUUUAAAUUAUGAAUCCCGAACAUAUAGUCCCAUUGAAGCAUACAGUCGUAGUAAACUUGCAAACGUUUUGUUUUCCAGGGAGCUAGCAGCUAAAUUAAAGGAACAUAACAUUGAAGGGGUAAACACAUACAGUUUACACCCAGGAGUAAUAAAGACAGAGUUGGGACGACAUUUUGAUAAAACCUUGUUUCCUUUUGCGCGGACGCUUUUUGGCUUCAUCUUCGGGCCGUUCAUCAAGUCUCCAGAGCUUGGUGCGCAGACCACCAUAUAUUGUGCUGUUGAUGAGAAAUGUGCCAAUGAGACAGGCUUGUAUUACAGCGACUGCCAAGUAACAACCCCAUCGCAAAUGGCUUUAGACGACGAAAAUGCUAAGAAGCUGUGGGGGCUGUCAGAAAAGCUGGUCGGACUCGACUUCGAUCCGUUCAAAGCGGCUUAGAAGUCGCUAAAAUUCGUUGACAGUGUUUUAUAAUAAGUAUAUCCAUUAAGUAUACAGUGAGAGCAUAAGUAUACAGUAAGAGCAUAAGUAUACAGUAAGAGCAUUUAUUUUGUUAUAUUUAUAUUUAAUAUAUUUGUAAUUUUUACAAAAAUAAAAAUAUUUACGUUA